AUGUUUGCCCUGAGCCCCGGAACUUCCCCUCCGCCCACACCUUAUCUUACUAUUCUAAAUACAUAUUUCAAGCCAGGCUUGCUAACGAGGUUGGAGAAAAGGGUGAAAAGGAAGACGGUGCUGGCUCUGGAGGAGCUGACUCGGCAAAUAGAAGAAACGCACAGCCGGCGGGAAGGGCUGCUGGAGGACGGCUGGCAGCUGCUGGAGGAGAAAUCCCGCGUUCAGGCUGAAAACCAGCUUUUCAUGGAACACCUGUGCAGGAGGAACGCGCAGUGUAGACAGAGACAGGAGGAGCUGUGGCAGCGGCGUUUCCAAGAAUGUGAAGAGAUGCAACAGAGGAGACAGGAAUUAGCCGCCAGAUACAGCCAGGGAAGGGCAGACCUUCAAGCCCAGCUCUCCCGGGGCGGAAAGACCCUGUCCGAGUUGAAGCAGCGGUUGCAGACACUGAAGCCCGUUUACAUCGUAAAGGAGAGGCAGGACAAGAAAAUGCAGGCCUUAGAGAAGGAGAAAGAGAAAAUCCGAGGUGAGACCGCUGCCAAGGACCAGGAGGCACACUUGCAGUUCCUGCGAGAGAAGGCUCUGAUGGAGGAACAACUGGAAGACUUACACAGCAUGGAGCUGGGGCGGGUCGACACCAGGGAGCUUACUGGGAAGUACCAGGCCUUGGCGCGGGCAGCCAAGCAGGCUCACUUUGAGUUCUGCAGUGGCCUCCACAGGGAGAACCAGCAGCUACGGAAGGAAUUGCAGCAACUGAGUCAGGAAUACCACAAGCUGGAGGCUGCAAGAAGCCAUCUGGAAAAGCAGCAGCAGCGGUUGAAGGAGAAGCAGUGGUAUCUAGAAGCCUUGAGCAGAGGGAGGCAACGGUUGCAGGCAGAACGGGAACGGGAGAGUCGACUUGACGGCAAUCCGUGCUCCAGAGAACAGCAUGCCUCAAAGAUCAUGCUGAGCACCAAACCAAGAAUGAACCCAAAGGAAUAGCUACAGUUACUGAUUAAAUAAAUCGGAGUACUGGCAAUAGUCUACAGUCCAACAACCGGAAAAGUGCCCCUCAAGGAGAAUGGAUGGAAUGUGUUUCCUUGAAGGAGCGUUACUGAGAUGUGGGGUUAUGCUCCUGGCCUGGGACCUGCGUUUUGACGAAUCACUGUCUGCCCCAGUUGAGGACUCCAGAGGUUUAGAACAUUCGGGAAACUUUUAAAAGAGUUUCGCCACCCCUUUUUAUAGUAGCAUUUGAAAUUUUCAAAUUACCUAGUUAUAGUAUAUAUUUUAGUUCUACCAUACUUGUUUUUUCUUAACGUGUACUUCGGAUUCCACCAAGUGCCUUCUGUAAUUAGUAUGGCCUUUUGCUAUAACUGGGAAUCAUAUUUUAAAUUACAGGUGUUUGUUUAAAAUGGUUGUAUUUUUUGCAUUUGUGAU